AUGCCAAGACAUGAUGGCAUGGGCAACAACAUCAAGCUCUCAAAAGUCCAACACCACCACCAACCACACGACAAGGCCAUCACCGGGUUCCCUUUUUUACAAAUAAUGUCGUUGUGGCCGUCCUACCGCAACCUUUCUCCGCGCACUCGCUUCCUCUUCGGAGCUGGCCUGAUGGCCUACGCUGCAGUUGGGAUGUGGUGGUCUCCUAAAGUUGAGGAGGCUUUGGGAAUGGUGCCGAGCAAGGAGGAGCAGGCGGACUUGGACAGGAAAUUGAGUGUUAAGAUUUCGACUGUCGAGCGGUGA